AAAAUGAACUUUGUCUUGAUUUGAACACCGUGUCUGCCCCUACUACCUCCGUGUGCAAAGGUCGGAUACACACUGAUAUAUAGUCGAUAUUCUUUUUUUAAGCCAAAUAUCGGUUACAGCCUCUAGGUUACGCAGAAGAAGCGAACCUAUGUGGUUUGAUAGGUCCUACAGUGAUCAAGAUGAACUUCGCACUGGAGACGCUAAAUGUACUGGUCAUGUCUAUAUAUUAUACCCUGGAAGCACUUAUACAACUAUUCGUCACUUUGCGGAGGAAGAGCGUUGCGGGAGAAAUCGUCCUCAUCACAGGGGCGGGUAGCGGCAUCGGCAGGCUGAUGGCCCUAGAGUUUGCCUCAAUGGGCGCCACGCUAGUGUUGUGGGACAUUAGCCAGGAUGGCAACAAGGAAACUGUUCGGCUGGUGAAGGGAAAGGGUGCAACCAGUGUGCACCCAUACAUCUGUGACUGUAGCAACAAGGCAGAGGUCUACACAGUGGCUGACCAGGUAAAACGAGAAGUAGGAGACGUAACCAUCCUCAUUAACAAUGCUGGCAUUGUGACUGGAAGGAAGUUUAUGGAUGCCCCCGACAGCCUGAUUGAAAAGUCAAUGGAGGUCAACUCCAACGCCCACUUCUGGACCUACAAAGCAUUUCUACCUGCAAUGAUUGCCAAUAACCAUGGUCACUUGGUGAGCAUCGCCAGCUCUGCUGGAUUGAUUGGAGUCAACGGCCUGGCAGAUUACUGUGCCAGUAAGUUUGCAGCUGUGGGUUUUGCUGAGUCUGUGGCGCUGGAGCUGCAAGCAACAAAGAAACACGGAGUGAAGACAACCAUCGUGUGUCCCUUCUUCAUCAACACUGGGAUGUUUGAUGGCAUUAACACCAAAUGGCCCUUGCUCAUGCCCAUCCUGGAACCUGACUAUGUGGCCAAAAAGAUCAUUCAUGCAAUCCAAACUGACCAAGUCUAUCUUUAUAUGCCUCGAAGCCUCUACCUCAUCAUCGCCCUAAAAAACAUUUUGCCCACUAAGAUGGGGCUCCUCUUGGGAGACUACCUGGGGGCAUUCAAUUUCAUGGAUGCAUUCAGAGGCCAUGGGAAGAAGGACUGAAGCAUCAAAUAACUGCUGCGUGGGUUCAGAGGAUCAAUUAAUUUCUCGUCUGAUGUACUACAGCUUUAAAACCCUUUCUGAAUCCAGCCUACAUUUUUUAGCACUUGUCUGGCUGUUAUAAUGGAAGUCAGAUUUGAGAUGUUUUUGUUACAAUAGAGUAAUAUCAGUACACUAUAGAAUAUAAUUGUACAAAUAAGUUAUAUAUAGUUUGACAGUAUCAUUGGCAAUAUUGCAGUAUUAGUUUUGCACUGGUCCGCUGUACCUACACUAAAACAGUUUUCAUCACUUUAAUUUCCAUAAAUUAUCAAAAGUUUAUUUCUCAUUACUCAUUUAUUUUCAUUGCUUACUUACAGCAAACAUUUAAAUAUUUUAUCCUGUGGUCCCUGCCAAUACCCAACCCUAGAGACUAUGCUGACUAGUUCUCUGCCUUAUGUUGAUUCUUAUUAUAUUUUACUCAAGUGUGACAAAUUAGGGAAACCAAUGCCCUUACGCCAUUGGAUAAUUACAUCCAAUUAUAUUUCUGUCAAGAAUUCCUUCAGUUAGUGUUCAAAUAUUUAAUGAUCUUAUGUGUUUCAUUUUCAGUAUAUUCAGUAUAAGUCUGAAGUAAUGUCAUUAUGUUGCUUGGUUAGUAUCUACACAGAACAUGUCGUAAUACACUGCGAGUUGAAGCAAGUUUAAUAAUAUGCCAGAAUACAGUUUGAAUGUUGCUUUUUUGUCAACUCACUGUGCUUUUAUGUCAUAAUCACGUACAGUUGCAGCCAUGGUUAUCAUUUCUGAUUAUCCACAUCAUGCAUCCUGUCUUAAUGAUCUGCCAUGUAAGCCUCAUAUUAAUAUUUUCUGGAAAGUUGUCAGAGAAGCCAGAUGACUGUCUGACAUUAUACUAAAAACAUUAUCUCAAAGUAA